AUAUAGAUGAUUAUCUACACACUCCGACUGUGUGAAAAAUUUGACAUGGCGGCACUACAUUUACGCCCCCUCGCCCCCUAUUUAUCUUCUCUUUCAAAACGACCCCUCAACUUCUCAUAUUCACACUCGAUCUCCAUUUCUCGCAGAAACAGUCGCUUCUCAGCUUCAAUCAUGGCUUCCGCUGCUAAAAAGGUUUUGGUGCCGGUGGCGAAUGGCACGGAGCCACUGGAGGCGGUGAUAACCAUAGAUGUGCUUCGGAGAGCCGGCGCCGACGUGACGGUGGCGUCGGUUGAGAAGGAGCUCACCGUCGACGCCUGUCACGGCGUCAAAAUCGUUGCCGAUGCUCUUAUCUCCGACUGCGCCGAUGUUGCUUUUGAUCUUAUCUCUCUUCCUGGAGGAAUGCCAGGAGCAACAACUCUUAAGGAUUGCAAAACAUUGGAAAACAUGGUGAAAAAGCAGGCUGCGGAUAACAAGCCAUAUGCUGCCGUAUGUGCAGCUCCUGCUGUUGCACUUGGGUCAUGGGGCCUGCUAAAGGGUUUGAAAGCAACUUGCUACCCAUCAUUUAUGGAGCAGUUAUCUUCAUCUGCAUCUGCUGUUGAAUCCAGGGUUCAGCAGGAUGGCAAAGUAGUGACUAGUCGAGGACCAGGAACAACAAUGGAGUAUGCUGUUGCUUUAGUCGAGCUUCUGUAUGGAAAAGAAAAGGCUGAUGAAGUUUCUGGACCCCUGGUGAUGCCAUUGAAUCACGGUGAGGAGUACACUUUCACAGAGCUGAAUCCAGUCAAGUGGACGUCUGGCAGUUCUCCUCAGAUUCUUGUACCCAUUGCUAAUGGAACCGAAGAGAUGGAAGCUGUUAUCAUCAUUGAUGUACUCCGACGUGCAAAAGCUCAAGUGGUAGUGGCAUCUGUUGAAGAUAAACUCGAAAUUUUGGCGUCUAGGCAAGCUAAGCUAGUUGCCGAUGUUCUCCUAGAUGAAGCCAUCACUAGUCCGUACGACCUUAUUGUUUUACCGGGUGGACUAGGUGGUGCUCAAGCCUUUGCAAACUCGGAGAAGCUGGUAAAUUUGCUGAAGCAGCAGAGAGAAUCAAAUAAACUUUACGGAGCGAUAUGUGCAUCCCCAGCUUUAGUCCUUGAGCCCAACGGCUUGCUUAAGGGCAAGAAAGCUACUGCUUUUCCUGCAAUGUGCAGUAAACUGUCGGACCAAAGCGAAGCAGAGAAUCGGGUGGUUGUGGAUGGGAAUCUCAUCACGAGCAGAGGGCCAGGGACUACAAUGGAGUUUUCUUUGGUAAUUAUCGAAAAGUUUUUAGGACGAGAAAAAGCCCUCGAGCUUGCCAAGACCAUGCUUUUCGUGCAUUAAUAGAGGUAAUAUAAUAUAUGUAAUAAUAAAAUGGUGGUUUUGUUAUGGUUGUACUUUAUUACAUCUUACCAGAGGCUGUGUUUUAUAUUGCUAAAAUAAUUUUGUUAAGAGCAAUUUUUAUGAUGCAUCAUAAAAUUGUGGAUGGAUUAUAAUUCAUAGGGUAAAUUAAAACCACCUCUCA